AACUUUUUUUAGAAAAUGAUAACCUGAUCAAGAAUAAAUUUUCAAAAUGCCAAUUCACCUAUCAUAGAACAAUUAAUCUUUUUUCAUGAUUAUACUAUAAUUAUUUUAAUCUUAAUUACUGUAUCAAUUUUAUAUUUAAUAUUAACUAUAAUAUUAAAUAAAUUUACUAAUAAAAACCUUUUAAAUAAACAAAAUAUUGAAAUUAUUUGAACAAUAACUCCUUCAAUAUUAUUAAUCUUUAUUGCUAUGCCAUCAAUUCACCUACUAUACUUAACAGAUGAAAUUAAUAAACCCCUAAUUACAAUUAAAACAAUUGGACAUCAAUGAUACUGAAGAUAUGAAUACUCAGAUUUCAAAAAUAUUGAAUUUGACUCUUAUAUAAAUAAAUCAAUUAAUAAAAAUUCUUUUCGUUUAUUAGAUGUAGAUAAUAACACAAUUAUUCCCUUAAAUACACAAAUUCGAAUGAUUGUUAGAUCAAACGAUGUAAUUCACUCUUGAACAAUUCCUAGACUAGGGAAAAAAAUUGAUGCAAUUCCAGGUCGAUUAAAUCAAAUUAGAUUAUUAAUCAAACGACCAGGUUUAAUAUUUGGACAAUGCUCAGAAAUUUGUGGAGCCAAUCAUAGAUUCAUACCAAUUGUUAUAGAAAGAAUUCCAAUAAAUUAUUUUUUAAAAUGAAUCAAUUCAUUUUAAUU